UUUUUAUUUUAAAUUUAUAGACUACCCUGUCUGGUCCCCUUUCCUUUACUCCUCCCUUCCCCAUGAGAAGUUACCGGGUGUAGCCGGUAUCAUAAAGGCACUCGGACAGAUUAAUGCCGGUUGUUCAGUGGGUUAGAAAUUGACCGCGGUUGGAAUGAUUGCCACUACCUCCACGAUUUUGACCCACCCUUGGUUAAGUUUCUCGACCCCUCAUCAGACACACACAGAGACGGACAGAGACGAGAAAAAGAAGAAACCACAGAGAAAGAUAGAGAGAGAGAAAGCUUUUUUCGGAGUUUUGUACGGGCUCUGAUAUUUGAUCUGCUACAAUUGCGAUAGGUGAAAGAGAAGAAGAUAGAGGCUUAGGUGUUAUAUGCAGAAGGAAGGGGAAGUGAAAGCGACUAGAGAUUGGAAGUGGAAAGGGAGAAUAAUUGAUUGAUUGAUGCAUAAAUCGAGAAGAUUGGUGGUGGAUUGAGAGAAAUAUAGGCUUCCUUUCUGAGUUGAAGAGGAGAGCUUGGGUUUUAGCGACGGUGGUUAUGGUAGAUUGAGUUGAAUUUGAGUUUGGGUUUUCAGUUUCGAGUGAGGAAUUUGACAGUAUCAGAUGAGAGAUCUGAGCUAAAAAGAUUUACAAGAAAUGACUACUUCGGAGGUAUCAAUAAAAGGAAACUGUGUUAACGGAAGAGGAGAGAGUUUUUCUUCUGGUUAUAGUGAACCAAAUGAUGCUAGGAGCGCCAUGGAAGGGCAAAAUGGUCAUUCCACUUGUACAGCUGUCGUCAGAGACCCCGAAACGGCGCUGUAUACGGAGCUAUGGCAUGCAUGUGCUGGACCUCUAGUGACGGUCCCUCGCGAAGGAGAGCGCGUGUUCUACUUUCCUCAAGGUCACAUAGAACAGGUUGAGGCGUCUACUAAUCAGGUAGCAGACCAGCAGAUGCCACUGUAUAAUCUUCCAUCGAAGAUCCUUUGUCGUGUGAUUAACGUUCAAUUAAAGGCUGAACCGGACACCGAUGAGGUUUUUGCACAAGUGACUUUACUUCCUGAGCCUAUUCAGGAUGAGAACACUGUGGGCAAGGAGCCUCCCACUCCUCAACCACCACGGUUCCUCGUGCAUUCCUUUUGCAAGACCCUGACUGCCUCAGAUACAAGCACCCAUGGUGGGUUUUCAGUGCUCAGGCGGCAUGCGGAUGAAUGUCUUCCACCAUUGGACAUGUCAAGGCAACCUCCAAGCCAGGAGUUGGUUGCUAAGGAUUUGCAUGGAAAUGAGUGGCGAUUCCGGCAUAUCUUUCGGGGUCAACCACGAAGACACUUGCUUCAAAGUGGUUGGAGUGUUUUUGUUAGCUCCAAGAGGCUUGUUGCAGGGGAUGCGUUUAUAUUUUUAAGAGGUGAGAAUGGAGAACUACGUGUUGGUGUACGCCGUGCGAUGAGGCAGCAGGGCAUUGUUCCUUCAUCAGUAAUAUCAAGUCAUAGCAUGCAUCUUGGUGUGCUUGCAACAGCAUGGCAUGCUUGCACAACACAAACCAUAUUCACUGUGUAUUACAAACCUAGGACAAGCCCAGCUGAGUUUAUUGUUCCAUUUGAUCAGUACAUGGAGUCGGUGAAGAACAAUUAUUCGAUAGGAAUGAGGUUCAAAAUGAGAUUUGAAGGCGAAGAAGCUCCCGAACAGAGGUUUACUGGAACAAUAGUUGGAAUUGAAGAUGCUGAUCCACAAAGGUGGCAGGAUUCCAAAUGGAGAUGCCUCAAGGUGCGAUGGGAUGAGACUACCACCAUGCCUCGUCCCGAGAGAGUUUCUCCUUGGAAAAUUGAACCUGCUUUGGCUCCUUCUGCCCUGAAUCCCCUUCCACUGCCCAGGCCAAAAAGGCCUCGAUCUAAUGCAGUACCUUCAUCCCCCGAUUCCUCCGUGCUUCCUAGGGAAGGUUCAUCCAAAGUUACUGUAGACCCUUCACCGGCUAUUGGGUUUUCAAGGGUCUUGCAAGGUCAAGAAUUCUCGACCUUGAGAGGCAACUUUGCCGAGAGUAACGAGUCUGACACUGCUGAAAAGUCAGUGAUGUGGCCUCCUGUAGAUGAUGAGAAGAUUGAUGUGGUUUCUGCUGCAAGAAGAUUUGGGUCAGAGAAUUGGGUUUCCUCUGGGAGGCAUGAACCAACAUGCACGGAUUUGCUCUCUGGUUUUGGGUCGAAUGCUGGAAUGGCUGAUCAAACUUCAGUAGCUGGUAAUCCAAUGAGAAAACAGUUACCAGAUCAAGAAGGGGGGAUUGGCUGUUGGUCCCUCUUGCCGUCUGGUCUCUCACUCAAGUUGGAUAAGAAAAAUGCUAAGCCUCCUUUGCAAGGUUCUGAUGUGCCUUAUCAAGUGCGAGGAAAUGGUAGAUUUAGUGGUUUUGGUGACUAUCCUAUGCUUAAAGGUCGUAGGAUCGAGCAUUCACAUGGAAACUGGUUGAUGCCUCCCCCAACUUCAUCCCAUUAUGAGAACCUUGUCCACUCAAGAGAUUUAAUGCCCAAAACAUCAUUGGUUCAAGAGCAUGAGAAUGGAAAAUCUAGAGAAGGAAACUGCAAGCUCUUCGGUAUUCCUCUCAUAAGUAAUUCCGUUGCAUCAGAGCCAGCAGUCUCUAAUAUUAAUGCAUUGAACAAGCGUGUGGGUCGUCCGCAAGCUCCUUCACAUCAAGUUCAUACAUUUGAAUCUGAUCGAAGGUCUGAAAAGUCAAAGGUCUCACAUUUGGCAGAGGAUCUUUCUGCUUGUAAUGAGCAGGACAAAAUAUUUCGGCUGGGUCAGCCCCAAACAAGAGAGGUUCCAAGCAAACCUUCUAAUGCCUCAACUAGGAGUUGUACUAAGGUUCACAAGCAGGGGAUUGCUCUUGUUAGGUCUGUGGACCUUACGAAGUUCAACAACUAUGGUGAAUUGAUUGCCGAAUUGGAUCAAUUAUUUGAAUUUGGAGGCGAAUUAAUGGCCCCUAAAAAGAAUUGGCUUGUUGUUUAUACUGAUGAUGAGGGUGAUAUGAUGCUUGUGGGAGAUGAUCCCUGGCAGGAAUUUUGUGCCAUGGUUCGCAAGAUUGGUAUCUACACUAGGGAGGAGGUCCAGAAGAUGAAGCCAGGAUCGUUGAGUUCAAGGGGUGAGGACAAUCCAGUUUCUGCAGAAGGCCUAGAUGCAGAAGAAGUGAGGUGUCCAUCAGCAUUUAGUGCAGGAAAUUGUUAGGCUUCACCAUAAUGGUUCUGGGUAAUAUUCUGGCUUUUUGGUGGAGGCAUGAGGAGUGCAAUAGUGACAUUCCAUUUGGUUAGAACUUUAAUUAGUUUGAGUUGAAAGUGACUUGUGAGUCUAUAUUGGCAGCAAGUUUGUCUCAGAAAUCAGAAUCAGACAUAGAUGUCGUUAAUGGUAUAAUCCAAUUUUGGAAAUGUUUUGGAGGUAAUAUUGAAUGGUGUCCUUUAUAUAUAUAAAUAUGUAUACCCGAAUUUGAAUUUCAAGCGUGGCUGCACCAGCCUUGCUUUUGCAACCACCCUCUCCCCCCCUUGUACAGAGAUGUUUUACCCCCUUUUUCAACCUGUGAAUGUAAGUAAGUUAGUACACCAUCUAAUUUCUUUUCAAGUAAGCAUAUCAUUGAUUUUGUUGCU